UCACAAUGCACGGAUAUCCUGUAAUGCAAGUGGUUCAGUAUAGCAUGCCGCCGCCAUGCAAUUAUCUUGAGCCAUAUAGGCCUCCAUCAACGGUACCUCACACAUCCGGAGUCCGAAAAUACGUUAUUUGGUGUUUGAUUUGCGGAGGCACAUCCUUGCUGCUGGGUCUGCUAUUUUUAGCUGUUUACUUUUUAAUUAGAUCCUACACGAGUACAGUAAGCUACUUUGAAACGGUGCCUAGUUUUGUUCCGGCAACUUUGUUGAUUUUGACCGGACUUUGUAUCAUGAGUUUAGCUCGUCGGCGGAAUCGUUACAGUUAUCUCAUAAAGUUAUCGGGUGCAUUUGGUUUAGCAUCUGCACUCACAUGUGCCUUGGUGACUGUGACAACGACAGUUCUUCACAUGAGUCGCCUACAGUCGUUGCGUGAAUGCGAAUACCAACAAAAGACACGUACCUGCACUUGUUACACGCAACCACAAUCGGAUAAUUUAGUAACGGAAGAUCCGGGCAUUCGCUUUGUGUUUGACUCUACCACGGAUUGUGACGUAGUGCACGGUGCACUGUACUCGUGUUUGCGGGCUGUUUUCGGAUUAUCUGUUGCCGGAGUGCUCGUGGCUGUUUUUAGUUGCAUGUUGGUUUAUCAACUGCUGAGUCACGAAAGAAAAAAGAUGUAUUGGGAGCAACUUGAGCUGCGAUGUCGUUCAUUAUAUUCAACUCAACCUCCGCCUUCUGCAAUUUCAACUGUUGGUCCCAUCAUCGGAACUCCUCGAAACACCGCUUGUCGUUGCUGCGAACAAUGCCACGCUCACAGAAACGCGAUGGCAGCAACAGCUACUUACCCAUGGGAUGGCGACACUCGUUUUUGGCUUCCGGGGCAAGCUGGGAACUUUUAUUCGCCCAAUCCGGGCAGCGAAGAGCAUCAUUUAGCAACAGGACAACGUCCUGUUCGUAACAACAAUCGCGCGCCGGGAUGGAGUUGGCCCAGAAUGCCAUGGCAACGAACCAACGACUCACAACGCGGCGCUUUUCGUCAAACGCCAUCUUCGCCAGAUUCGCAAUACGGAUUUUCGAACAAUACCGAUGCGAAUGUCGCAACUGGCACCGCAAUGACAACCGUUCAAUCGAACUAUACUUUAAUUAAUGCUCCUUAUGGGGUUUGGGGUCCUCCGCCGCCAUACAGCGAUCCCAAUAGCCCCGCACGAAGAAUCACGAACAACGGGCGUUAUCAAUACAUAACUCCCGUACCGAUGCAAUGCCCGCCAACUACAGUAUUAAUUCAAGGCGAAAUGCAAGUUCAAAGUGUACAAAAUGUCGUUCAAGCGAUUGAACAUCAUCCUCGUUCGGUAGCGGAAACAUCCCCAUAUAAUCCGUCCUCGCAAAUCCCAACACAAGCUGUGCCCCAAACUUUACGUAAACAACGCAAAAAAGACGCGCCAGAAAAUAAUGCGCCAUCUGACAGCGAUGGCCCAGCGCGCGACAAAUUUUCAAACACACUCCCAGUGCGCAAAGUGAAGAAACGUCACGUCGAUCAUGGUGUCAAAAGUAUUUCAGGGGCGAAUGCUGCUCAACGUGUCAAUGUUCAGGAAAUCUUUAGACCUCAAAGUACCGUAAUCGAAAACGAGUAUAACGAACCAAACGUUGUCGCCGGAACAAGUACUCGAACUGAAGAAACCCCAAUGCAAAUUCGACAAAGUCGACGCGCCAAAAUGUCACAACAAAACAAAGGCGUCGAAAAUACAGGAUUUCAAGAAGUUAACCCUGAAGAUCAUACAAAGCAGGAACAACGUAACGAAGUAGCAGAAUCUGAAGUAUAUUUUGGCGAUGUUAGUAGUUGUUGUAACAUUUCCGUGCAAAAUGACAACUUUUACGACGACAAUAGUAGCAAUUCACAUCGAAAGCGUUCCACGCCAAACACUUCUUCUUCCGACAAAUCUUUCACGAAAGAAGAUGAUGAUUACUUAGCACAGCGUUUUGGUAAACGAGAACCUUCUGUGAGAAGUCGAUUACCUUUCCCGCAAAUUCCUGAACUCUAUGAUCCCUCACCUGUUGUGUCGCCUCGAACGUCACUAAUCCCCAAAGACAAUUCGCGACAAAGUAUGUGUUCCGUCGACUCAUCAACUGGCGACAAGACAGAUUAUACAGAUUUGUCGCCAGCAACUCCCAUGAAUCCUCCGUAUCCAACGGAACAAAGUCCCUUUGUUGCUUCAUCAUUUCCUUACUCCUCAAGCGAAAGUCAGGAAGCUCACAAACGUCUCACCAAAAAUCUACCCGAAGUAUUUCUCAAUGACAAAGAUACGUCGCCAUUGACAAUGAUCAAUUAUGACAGUGCAUCGCCAACCUUUAAUUACGCACCGAAUGCCUCAAGUUCGAGAUCGCCGAAAAAUUUCAAGAUGGCGAUGCCUCAGAGAUCUCAUCGCAACGAAAGCGCCGACAAAUCCGCGGAACAGCAAAGUUGGCAGGAACAACACGAUAGAAGAUUGUGAAAUGAAGUUUAUGUUUAGUUAAAGAAAAAUGUAAAUAAAUUUAGAGGUUAAUGCUAGCUUUGACAGAAUUUUGAACAAAAAAAGUACCGCGAGCUUAAAUUAAUUAAUAAUAGAAAUUUGCAUAUUAGAGUAGCUUCUAAAAUACAAGAAAAAAUUAUUAUAAAGUUACUGUUUAAGCAUAGAUAAAAGUAUUCCGAGGUCUGGAGUGAAGAAGCGACGACCUCUCACAUAUCCAAAAUGUAUUGAACGUGUAGUUGACCCGGCCUAUAAAGACUGUUAGAAAAACAGAACAGGAUUUAGUCGUUAUUUCUCGAUCCUUGUGCAAAAUAAUUUUUUGACAAAAAAAAAAUUAGAAAAAAAAUCCUGUUCUGAAUGUAAUUUACAAUAAAUUAGCGAAUAUUUAG